AAAAAACCCGGAAGUGAAGGUGAACGUCAGCUAGCAUGAGGACUGCUCACAUGGUAGCUAACAGCAAGAGGAGAGCAGCCAAAAAUAAUUGUGUGGCAAGACCUUAACAGCCUGAAAGAAAAUGUCUUCAGCUAAAGCCAAGAUGCGUGAGAAAAAGAUGAGGAACCAGCCUGCCAGUGUGCAGUAUCCAUCCUGCUCUCAGGUGGAGAAUGGAGGAAGAGGAGAACAUCAUCGUGUCAGCGAAGGAGGUCAGUCGGAUGCGCUUCCUUCCUCAAAGAGGCAGAGGACCCCCUCUGACCGGAGCGGAUGGGUUCGUGGACAUCAGAAAGAUGGCGGUGGAUACGCCAGGGAGAUGCCCAAGUACAUCACAGGUGGAGCCUUCGCCCGGGCCAGAGCUGCAGAGGUGAACGCCAUGCUGAAAGCCGUCACCAAGACGACGGGUAGCAGCCAGGUGUUUGCGUCUCUUCCCAGACACAUGAGGCGAAGAGCCAUGAGCCACAACACCAAGCGUCUCCCUCGCAGGCUGAGAGACCUCGCCAACAGGAUGAGGGAGAAGAGCCUCCAGGCCGGCCCUAAGAAGAAGAAGGAGCCUGCGAAGGGCAAAAGCCGCAAAGCCCGCCGGCGCCAUGGCAACCUGCUGCUGGAGUUCAAUCGGCGCCAGAGGAAGAACAUUUGGCUGGAGACGCACAUUUGGCACGCCAAGCGCUUCCACAUGGUUAAAAAGUGGGGCUACUGCCUCGGGGAGAGACCCACGGACAAAUGCUACCGGCCGUGCUACAGAGCAAUGAGCAGCCACUGCCUCCUACAGGAUCUUUCUUAUUACUGCUGCAUAGAGUUAAAGGGGGAAGAAGACAAGCUGCUGGCUGCUCUGUCUCAGCUGACGUGUAAGGAAGCCGGUCCCACAUUUGCUGCAGCUGUGAGCCUCUCUGGGGGCAGACAGGGUAGUGUCACAGUGUACAGGGCGGGCCAGUACCCUUCCCAGCCCCUGGGACCUGUUUCCUACCUGUGGAGACCCAGAACACCAGGGGAAACCCACAGGCAGCUGUGGAUCUGGGCUCACCCCACUCUGAAGCAGGACCUUCUCCCUGAGCUGCAAAGCGUGUGCCGGUGUUCGGAGGCCGUGGCGCCCCCAGUUGAACCAGAGGUCUCGAAUCCAGAGGCGGAUCACGUAACAGUGGAAGAACGGAAACCUGGAAACAAAGGGAAACCUGGAGCCAAGAGAAAGAGGAGCAACAAGGAUGCUGGUGAACCGCCUCCAAAGAAGAUUGUAGGAGAUGGAACCAGACUGCCCAGCACCCCGGUUACCUGGAAGUCCAGCUCCACUGGAAUAGUCAUAAACGAUCUCACAAUGGAGAUCCUACGAUAUCGUCUGAUUGGACCGCAGUCUCAUUCUGUGCUGGCAGAGACUUUGGAGGCAGCUACAGUCUGCGAUGGAAGCAUGAAGGAACAGGAGCAUUUACUCUGGUGGCCUCAGCAUUGCAAAGAUCAGAGCAACAUGGAUCUCCUUCAGCAACAAACUGAUGUCUUUAAUCUAUUGAAAGGUGUCUGUUCAACUGGAGAACUCCCCCCAGGAACGGUGCUGGGCUUGACCGUGGAUGACCCCCGCCUGACUUUACCUAAAAGGAAGGUUAAAGCUGUGCCCAGUGUGAACCAGUCCCAAGAAGCCGAUGAGGAGAAGAGGAGCGAGCUGAAGCUGCGAGGAGUCCCACAGGCCUGCUGGGAUAGUUUGCUGUGGGAGCGGUCUGUCCGCGACAACGUCACCGACAACAAGAUAUCUGAGAAGGAGCUGAACCGUAUGAGGAGUGAACUACUGGUACCAGGGUCCAGGCUGAGCCCCACCCCCCCACAGGGCAGAGUCCCCAUCUUACUGGUUCAUCAGCCGGGCAAGCAGGUGGGAGAUGAGCUGAACUCCUGGGGGGCUGGAUGGGACCUGCUCCUCCCUAAAGGUUGGGGGAUGGCCUUCUGGAUCCCUCUGGUCUACAGAGGGGUCCGUGUAGCCGGGCUGCACAUGACUCUGAAACACUCUCAAAACAAAGCUGCUCCCCAUUUUCCCCAUGACUAUCCAGACUGCCCUGCAGGAGCCCGCUUCCAGGAGGAGCAGGAGGCCGAGCUGCUGGACAGAUUUAAAAGGCGUCCGCCAGCCAAGAGGGCCAAUUACAUUAAACAUGGCUGCCUGGCUCCUUUUCGUUGCCGUUGGCAACAGCUGGCAGAGGAGUGGGAGCUGCUGAUGAGGGAAGAAGGAGCAGAGGGGAAAGGAGAUGAGCAAAGUGCAGCAAAAACCGAGGUUGUGACAGAAGAAGUGGCAUCACAGCAAAAUACAGCUCCAACUUAUCGUCCGAGCUGCUUCAACAUUCUGAGGAACAGGAGGUCCCUGAGGCUUCUCUCUGGCUGGUGCAGACCCACGACGUCGAAGGGACAGAGGCCGUGCCGCGGGGCUGCGGAGGCGCCGCCUCUCACCCCCGCGGCCGUGACGUCGUUCCGCUCCGCCCACAGAAUGAGUCUGGUGUGGGUGCGCCUGACGCUGCUGUCCAAAGGGAAACCAGAACCCCACGCCAUGGUCUGCGCUCCGACUGCGGAGGACCUGAAGCUGUUUGGAAAAAAACAAUCGAGCAGCGGCCCCCAGGAGCCCCCUCAUAAAGACCACAUUAAAUGCAGGAUUAAGAGCAAGAAGAAGAGCUCAAAGGAAGCUGCUACAUCGCUUCCCCCCUCUGAUGUGCGUGAAGUAUCAGACAUAACCCCUGCGUCACUCCCAAACCCAUCCAAAGACCCGCACUCUUCCUCUGACCUGGUCUUGGGGGUUUGGCCCGACCCGCUGCCCAGCGUCACGUCUCACUGCUCCCGGGUGACGCUGGGCUGGGUCACUCAGGGGGACUUCUCUCUGUCUGUGGGCUGUGGGGAGGCUCUGGGGUUCGUCAGCGUUUCAGGGCUACUCGAUACGCUCCUGAAGCAGCCGGUGGAGCACCGAGGGAAGCUGCUGCUGCGUAACCCCUCCUCCCUGCACUACCGCUGGGUUAAACUCAACAUCGACGUGUGACUUUCAACGGGACCUACACAGAAUUGGAUAAAAAAAAACUGAAAAUAACCCGUCAUAAUCCCUGUGCCUCUGGCUGAAGAUUGAAAGCACCCCAUCGAAGGGUCCAAUCUUUAAGUUAGCACCGUUAAUUUCCACUAAUUGGAAAUGCUUGCUUGUGAAGAUUUAUUUUUAUGAUUUUCUUGGCAUGUUUCAGUAACUUUCAUCUCAUUGAGAAGGAAUGUUAUCCUUUUUGCUCUUAUUACUGCAAUAUUGAGUUUUAUUUUUUUACUUGAAGAUACACAAAUGCAGUGAAGAGCUUUUUGUUAGAAUAACAAGUGAAUAAAGGAAACAAUCUCAUAAAGUUACUAAACUAUUAAACAUUUUAACAAGGAAAGCAUCAGGACUUCUAAAUGUUACACAAAAAGAAAAAUUGUGUGAAGAUGUGCAGCAGAAGCUGCUCUGGUUGGAUGAAAGGGAAAUGUACCAAAUCUUAAAAACUUCAUCCUUUUUUUGGUUUAAUCUGAGAAAUGUAACAGAGUUGAAGCCCCUCCUGUGCUCCAC